GGCCACGCUCGAAGGCGACUUCCGCGCGGCGGGAUGGCGGCCGAGGCGAGAGCCGCGGCGGCGGCGCGGGAUGCGGCAGAGAAGGCGCGCGGGAAGCAGGCCGCCCUCUCCUUCGCGGCCAUGGCCGUCCUGGUGGGGCUGCCCCUCUGGUGGAAGACGACGGAGACCUACCGGGCGGCGCUGCCCGACUCGGAGAUAGCCGAGCUGGACGCCCUUCUGUUCCAGCUGACGGUGCCCGUCUCGGUUGUGUUUGCCAGAGGAGUCCUCCCAAAAGACCAGGAACACAAGAUCCCCUUCAAGCAGAUGCAGGAGACUGAGAUUCCCUUGAACGCCAAGACGGGUGUGGUUUCUCGCUAUGAUGUUUCCUUUCGCCAUGCCACUUCCCAGGAGCAGGCGUUCCUGUCGCAGGCCUCGGCCCAAGAAGCAGACAAGGGGCUGCAGCCGGCAGAAGGCCUGCCGGUGGGCUCCCUCACCAUCUACGUGAUCCCCCCGAGCUCCCUUCUCCUGCCACAGGAGAUGGGAAUGUACAUUGGGAAACAUCGCAGUGCCAUCCUCAGGGCCCCACGGGGGGCAGAAGAUGUGCUGGGCACCCUGAAGGCUCGGAUGCAGCAGCUGGUCCAGGCCAUGUCCUUCACCGCAGAGAGCCUCGUGGAGGCCCUGGCCGACCGUGUCCCGCUGGGCCAGCCGGGAGCCGAGUGGAAGCGCCCCUUCAAGUCCAGUUUAGGAUACGAGGUCACCUUCAGUUUGCUGAACCCCGACCCCAAAGCCCAUGACGUGCACUGGGACAUCGAGGGAGCCAUCCAGCGUUACGUGAAGCCUCUGCUGGAGAAGCUGAGCCCGCUAGCCGAAUUCUCGGUGGACUCGCAAAUCCUCUACUACGCAGCGCUGGGAGUCACACCCCGUUUUGACACCGGGUCCUCCAGCUACAUGCUGAGUGUGCAGAGUCUCCCACACGUCAUUAACCCUGUGGAGGCCAGGCUGGGUUCCAGUGCUUCCUCACUGUAUCCUGUCCUCAACUUCCUGCUCUACAUUCCUGAGCGCCUGCAUUCGCCCCUCUACAUUCGUGGGAAGGACGGGGCUGCCGUGCCAACCAAUGCUUUCCACAGCCCGCGCUGGGGUGGGAUCAUGGUCUACAAUAUUGAGCCUGAAGCCGCCAACAAGACCUCCCUCCCGAGAAGGGUGGAUGUUGACAUGGUGCGCGUGAUGGAGGUGUUUCUGGCCCAGCUACGAUUACUGUUUGGCAUCUCCUCUGGCCUGCCCCCAGAAGGGGCUCUGAUGGAGAAUCCCGGGAAUGAGGGCCUGGCGGACUGGGAGCUGGACCGCUUGCUGUGGGCCCGCACGGUGGAAAACGUGGCCACCGUCUCCAGCACCCUGACGUCGCUGGCCCAGCUGCUUGGCAAGAUCAGCAACAUCGUCAUCAAGGACGACGUGGCCUCAGAGGUCUACCGCGCUGUGGAGUCAGCCCGGCGGGCGAUGGCUGAGCUCAGCCUGGGCCACCUGGACUCGGCCUUCCAGGCCAGCAAGGCAGCGGCCACCUCCUCGGAGCGGGCCUUCUUCGACCCCUCCCUCCUGCACCUCCUCUACUUCCCCGACGACCAGAAGUUUGCCAUCUACAUCCCGCUGUUCCUCCCCAUGGCGGUCCCCAUCCUGCUCUCGCUGGCGAAGAUGCUCUGGGAGAGGAAGCAGCGCCGGAAGGAGCCCACGAAAACGGACUGAGGCGCCUCUGAUGCCCAGUGGGGUGGCAGCCCCUAGGCAGGCGUGUGUCCAGGUCUCCGGAGAAACGGUGGCAGGUCCUGGUUGGCAUGAUGGACCCCAGCUGGGGAGGGGAGCUGUUUCCAUUCGGCUCCUCCUCUUGAGCAGCUUUAGAAUGAGGGUGCUCCCCUUUCGCUGCUGAUGAGGCUGCGGGAUGGACCGGCCUUCAGAGCGUCCCUUACCCUUAUCG